AUGGCAUUAGAACGUCAAGAAAUUAAAUUAGAAGAGAAUGUACAAAAACAACCGUCAAGACAACCAUCUCUUUCAUCAAAUGGUACAGUUGAGAGUAUCUCUAGUACAAUGGAAAGAGAUCGUGUUAAUAAUUUUGGUGCAUAUAAAUCAUCUGAUAAUGGAGAUAUUCGUCGAAUGAUUGGAACAAAUCGACAUUAUUCUCAAAGAAGAUUUAAUCUAUCACAACAAUCAAGACAUGAAAAUAAUAAUGCAUGUGAAUUUAUCUUAGCAUCAAGUGUGAUUCGUUAUUCAAAUAUUCUUCUUGAAAAUAAUAAAAUCUUCAAUUGA